AUUAAAACCCAUAAGGGCAUGUCAUGCCAAAUCAAUCAAGAAAGAAACAAAAACUCUCGCGACGUCCUUGCGAAAAUAAAAACAACCCCCAACUGGCCCGCUCGCCCCGGAUAUAUAUAUAUCCUAACACUCCUCGCCCCCGCUUCGUUUCCCACUAUUUUUUGGAGUCCCAGGUGCCAUAUCACCUGUUUUUAUCGGCAUUACCCACUAUGUUCUCUAAACACCCGGACCCAAUUUCCCCUGAUUUCCCAUUACCUUUCACCCAUAUGCCCAUUUAUGGAUUUUCCUUCCUUUAGUUCUCAGGGCCUAGGACUGUGGCCCCCUGUUUUUUUUCCAUUCUACCUAACAUGUUUUCGCUAUGGGCCAAGGUCUGAGACCCAUGGUCUUCUUCAUUUUCCAUAACAAUUCAUGAGCUACGGUCUGGGAACAAUGGUUUUUUCCAUUCUACCUAACAUGUUAUCGCUAUGGGCCAAGGUCUGAGAACCACUGUCUUUCCCAUUUUUCAUAACAAGUUUACAUUUGUUAUUACAAAUGUGCACAAAAAGGGGCUCCAUUCCCUCGUCAAAGUUACAUUUGCCAUUUGCUUCUGAGUCUUUUACGACAGACAUCUGCCCUGAGGAGUAAACCUGCAUUCAACUAAAAUGAAUCCUUCACCUCCAGGUCGGUCAAUUCAGCCUGGCUACACCCGCCGGGACCCUCGUCCUUCUCCCUAUCCAAGACCUGCGCCUGCUGACCCCAUGGCCGGCUAUCGCCGCUUCCAACUGCGUCAUAUCAUCUCUGAGCUCACUACGCUUCUGGAACAGCUCAUUUCUCCUGAACUGCCUGCGCAUGCUUAUCUGCCAUCCCCUAUUAUGAGAAAUCCUCCUGUUCUCAUGUCCUCCUCUCAAACCACUCUGGUAAACCUCGUGGACAGGGGAUCUCAAACUGAUGGCUGUCCUCAUGCUCACCCUUGCACCCGUGAGCCUGGAACUCCCGGCUCCCCCCCUCCUUAUGCCUAUGUUCGUCCCCUCUCUCCCACCUUUCCAUCUUCUCCCUCUGAUUCUAACCCUGCGUCUCCAGAUUACACUCCUGAAUCUCCAGAUUACACUCCUGGAUCUCCAGAUUACACUCCUACUACUCCCCUUUACUAAGGCCUAAUAAAAACACCUUAAUAAUAAUAAUAAAUCACCUUCUAUCCAC